UAUGUAACCGUCCCCAGUCAGGAGGUUGCUGAAAAGUUGGCAGCUUUGCUUGUCAAUCCGGACCACCGCCUUGCGGCAUGUGUCAACAUAGUUCCAGGGCUCACUUCUAUAUAUUGGUGGGAAGGGAAGGUGAACAAGGAUGCGGAGCUGCUGCUGAUGAUCAAGACGCAGACACACCUUGUCCCGAAGCUCACGGAGGUUGUCAAGAGCAAUCAUCCCUAUGAUGAAUGCGAAGUGAUCAGCCUGCCAAUCACAGGAGGCAGCUCCUCCUAUAUCAAGUGGAUCCAUGACAGCACCAGCGCA